CUAAGAGCCCAUUCCAUUCCGGCCACCCAAAUCCUUCGCCGGUUCACCUCGCCAGAAUCCGGCGAACCCAAGAGGGCCAAAACCCACCUAAAACCUCUCCUCCGGCGUCCGGUCUCCACCGCCACACAUCACCACCGGCAACUACGGACACGUCGACCAUGCGCGGCCGUCUCGACCUCCUCCCGCGCCUCCUGCUUCGCCGCCACAUCCACCGCCGCUCCAAACCCUCGUCCCCGCCGCCCCCCAACCCGCCGCGCCCGCCGCAGAAGCCCGAGCCCGUCUCCAUCCACGGGGAGACGUGGCACGACAGCUACGCCUGGAUGGGCGCACUCUCCGACGCCGCCGCCAUGCGCCACAUGGACAUCCACAUGGAGGCAGAGGAGAAGUACGCCGAGGCCUGCCUCGCCGCCUGCGGCGCCGACCGCCUCGCGCGGAAACUUCAGCUCGAGAUGGCCUCCCGCCUAGCCUCGGAUGCUUGCACCCCGCCUGUCCGCUGGGGCCCCUGGCUGUACUACCGACGCACGGAUGAGGGCAAGCAGUACCCCGUGCUCUGCCGCCGCUCCGCUGCGCUCCACAGCGAGUUUGUCUCGUACAGUGACCCCUCCGCAGGGUUCGACUUCACGGCUGGGAAGCGCAUUGAGCAGAAAUUGGUGGACUACAACAAGGAGGCCGAGCGGUUCGGAGGAUACUCAUACGAGGAACUGUCUGAAGUGUCACCAGAUCACCGGUUCAUUGCAUACACUAUGUAUGACAAAGAUAAGGACUCCUUCACCUUAAUGGUCAGGGAUCUAGUAACAGGCACAUUUUGCGACAAACCUCGUGCUGAUCGGGUAUCAAAUAUUUCAUGGGCUAUGGAUGGGAAAGCAUUGGUUUACGUUGUUACAAAUGAGGAUAGAAGACCAUAUCGGUUGUUUUGCAGCAUUAUUGGAUCUAACCAGGACGACAUUCUCAUGUUGGAAGAACCCGAUGAGAAUAUUUUUCUAAAUAUCAGGCAUACCAAGGAUUUUUGGUUCAUAACUUUAAAUGUCUUUUCAGACACACACUCAAGGGUGUAUUUAAUAAAGGCUUCCGAUCCCUUGUCCCCAAUGACACUGGUGUGGGAAGGGGAAUCCCAAGUUCAUUGCAUUGUUGAACAUCAUCGUGGGCACCUUUAUUUAUUUACAGAUGCUGCAAGAGAAGGUGUCCAUGUUGAUUCCCAUUAUCUAAUGCAGUCUGAUGUGGAGUCUCCUGGGCCAAAGAGUUGGAAGGAUGUUUUUCUUGAGGAACCUGGUGUUAUUCUUGAAGAUGUUGAUUUUUGUGAUACUCAUAUGGUGCUUACUUUGAGACAAGGCAGAGAACUCAGACUUUGUUCAGUUAAUUUGACUUUACCUGAAAACAUCAAAGUACCUGCUCGUCUAUCAGAUUUCCAUCCAUUUGACCUGCCUCUUCCUAAUGACGUGUGCCAGAUUUUAUCUGGGCCGAAUUAUGAUUAUUAUUCCUCAACAAUGCGUUUCACAAUAUCAUCACCUGUGAUGCCUGAUGCUGUCGUUGAUUACAACUUACUGAAUGGGAAGUGGCAAAUAGUGCAACAACAAAAUAUGCUUCAUGAGAGAACAAAAGCACUGUAUGGGACUGCUUUUGCUGCAACUAUGGGGGUGCCAUCUUCAGAUAGAGCUGGCUUUUCAAGUGAAGAUUUAGGAGAUUGUGCUUGGAAUGAGCUCUCUGAAUACUAUGCCUGUGAGUACUAUGAUGUUCCAUCAAAGGAUGGAGUUUUGGUUCCACUGACUGUAGUAUAUUCGCGGAAGCACAAACAAGAGGGGAAUCCUGGAUUACUUCAUGGACAUGGUGCUUAUGGUGAGAUUCUGGAUAAACGCUGGCGCAGUGAGUUAAAGAGCCUACUGGAUCGCGGUUGGGUGAUUGCCUAUGCUGAUGUUAGGGGCGGUGGAGGUUAUGGUAAGAAGUGGCACCAAGAUGGUUCACGUACCAAAAAAAUGAAUUCUGUAUAUGAUUUUGUUUCUUGUGGAGAGUUUCUUCUUGAAAAGGGUAUCAUACAAGAAAAUAAGCUUGCUGGAUGGGGAUGUAGUGCUGGAGGACUUCUGGUGGCUUCUGCAAUUAAUACUCAUCCAGAUUUAUUUCGCGCCGCUGUUUUGAAGGUCCCUUUUUUGGAUGUUUGCAACACCCUUCUCCAUCCUAUUCUACCUCUUACAGCCAUUGAUUAUGAAGAGUUUGGGUUUCCUGUGGACCAUGAAGAGUUCCUUGCAAUCAGAAAGUUUUCUCCUUAUGAUAACAUUCAGAAGGAUGCUGCUUACCCAGCUGUGUUUGUUACAUCGUCAUUUAAUACAAGGUUUGGUGUAUGGGAAGCAGCUAAAUGGGUUGCAAAGGUCCGUGAAUCUACUCAAUAUGAUCCAGAGAGGCCUGUAAUUCUCAAUUUGACAACAGAUGUUGUAGAAGAAAGCAAGUAUCUGCAGACUAAGGAAUUAGCAUUGGAGACUGCUUUCCUGAUUAGAAUGGUAAACAAUGUGUGAACAGCAUGUUUUAUCUUUGGAAUCUAAACCUGGUUCUCAAAGAUGGAAAGCUCAGGCUAUGAUGCAAGUCUCCUCCGUUCAACACAAUCUGAAGUAUUAAUCCACUAAGCGGAGCUUUAUGAGGUGCCAUACUUCUUACCAUGCACAUUUUUACUGAUUUGAAAUUUCAAAUAACUUGUCCAGCAAAUUAUCCAGCGCUUGCUCCAGCAUGAUUUGGCGACUACAUAGGCAGAGCCAGAACAGAACAUACCUUGUCAUAGCAGCAGCUGCAAAUUAUUCUUCCAUCAUUCCAUCUUGAAACUCCUGACAGCUGAUGAUUGCCCGUAGCAGGGUAUAAGAAUGAACAUAGCGAACUUCCCGCUACAAUGAAGUGGGUGGAACAAUUAUAGGAUCAUCCUAAUGUUUCUGUUAAUAUGGGAGGCUUCUAGAAACGACAAGGCAAAAUGUGUCGUAGGUGUGUCAGCAUAAUAUAUUGGAGACUGUUGGAGAUGAUUUAUCAGAUGGAAGUCGACCUGUAGUACAAUUACGGUUCUCCACUUUUCAUUUCUCAUGUUAAAUUUGUAAAGUGAUCCUAUUGCUGAACACAUGGAAUUUCCAUGUCUUGCAACUUAGGCUAGCUAUGGUCUUGACGCCUUGCAAGUUGGGCCUCAUGUGCCUAGUGUACUUUUCAGAACUGGAUAUAACCUGUGGAGUUGUCAUGCGAAUGGUUUUAUUACCCUCUUCUCUUUCUUUAUGUACCGGUAGUUAGUUCAUAGUUUCUUGUUAGGAGAUUACUGCCCAUGGUUGUGUACCAGAUUUGCAGCUUUGUUGCCACAGUUUUCGUAAAGGUUUCCAGCAGCA